AUGGCCUCGCAUGACCAGAACCAAGGCCCGGGUCAUGGUCAAUCGGAUAUGAAGCAUCGCAGUGUGAGCCCGUCGCCACACCUCCAAUAUCAUGAUCCAAACUCCGGAAUGGGCGUCGACCCCUCCAUGACCGCCUAUACGACCCCCUCCUUCCACAACCCCGACGGAAGCAUGGGCGCUGAGCAAUAUGGGUACCCAGACUAUCUCUCCCAGGCGCCUCCGGCACAGACAUUAUCUCCACCGGCCGACCAGAGCUAUCCCCCAGCUAUCAAUACAAACAUGCCGAUGGCGCAGUCGUUCGAGGCGAGCCUGGUCAAUCAGCUCGAACACUCGUCGACAGGACUCAGACCGAUGCAGGACGACAACUUUUCCAACAUGCUCAAUACAAACCCGGCAGAAAUGGACUUUUCGGUCUACCAGAACCAUAGUCCGAACAGCACCACCGCGUCGGAGUAUGACUCCUCUUUGUUGCUGGAUCCGCAGAUGCACCAACGCCAGACUGUGAACCAGGCCAUUAACCCUGCCGAUCUGGUCAGCCCCAUCUCCAAUCCCUCCGCCUCUUCGCAUCCCUCAUCGCAGGAUCAGCAGCAUUCUUCACCGGGUCCUAUGUCCCCUCCGGGAUCUACUCCGGGCACAUACUACACUCCUCAGCAUUCACGGCACACCUCGCUAGACCCGGCGACUGCGGCCUACCUCAGCGCUCAAUCAGGUCCAGACUGGGGACAUAUUAUGAACAAUGCCUCUUUCCGGGGCCAUCGACGUGCGCCAUCUGAGGUGUCUGAAGUGUCCUCGGCCAACCACUCCCCCUAUGUGUCCCAGCAUGAAUUUGACGGUAUUGAGAGCAAUGCGUCGCCUUCGUUGGCACCUCAGAAUGACCCUGCUUUGUAUGAAAAUGCUCUGGGCAUUGAAUCAUUCACUCUGUCAGAGCAGCAACAACAAGGAAUCAGCCCGCUUCACAGUCCAUAUAUCUCGCCGCGGUUAAUGCCACAGCAGGGUGGGGAGAUGGUUCCCAAUAACGCUUAUCUGGGACCGAACUCUCAGUUCCCUUCUGCGCCGACAGAUAUGUAUGGCAUGCCUUCAGAUGACAUGAUGAAUAUGGGCCAGUUGAACAAUGUUCCCGGUGACAUCGGUCAGGCUUCGCAGAUGGCACCUCCGUCUAUCAAUGUCGAGUUUGCUCCGCCGUUGCGGAAUCCCAACUUUGAUCCGUCCAAAUCGACGGCUGAUUAUGAUUCUUUGAGUCCUCCUGCUAUGCGGUCUCGCGUUCGUAGCAAAUCUGAUCCAUACCACCCUGCAACUCGUUCACGCUCUCCUGCAGCUUCAGUAACAAGCUUGGAGCCGCACGCUCCUAACACCCCGCGAUCCCUGUCGCCGGUUGGUUCAAUUGGCUCACACUCACGGAGUAGCCCCAGCUCGCGAGAUGCAUCACCCUCUCGAUCCAACCGACGUCUGUCUACAUCAUCAAUUGAGAAUCGAAACUACAUCCUAGACCUGGCAGAUCCACAACGACCCGGCGCAGCACCUGGAGAACCAAAACGGAUCCAAAAGCACCCUGCAACUUUUCAGUGCAAUCUAUGCCCGAAACGAUUCACCCGCGCCUAUAACCUCCGCUCCCAUCUCCGUACCCACACAGACGAAAGACCAUUUGUAUGCACAGUCUGCGGCAAAGCUUUUGCACGACAACACGACCGCAAGCGCCAUGAAGGCCUCCACUCCGGUGAAAAGAAAUUCGUCUGUCGAGGCGAGCUCUCGCGCAGCGGACAAUGGGGCUGCGGCCGGCGCUUUGCCCGUGCAGAUGCUUUAGGCCGGCAUUUUAGAUCCGAAGCCGGUCGAGUCUGCAUCAAGCCAUUGCUCGAUGAGGAAUCACAAGAGCGAGACCGUGUCAUGCUGGAACACCAGCAGCAGGCUCAGCAGCCAUCUGGCCAUUUGCAGCCUGUCCCUCAGCCACUCGUUAUGCCCAACAUGCCUGGCAUGGACGGGCAGUCCACGGGUAACUUCGUACUUCCUGCUGCCCUCUUGGCUCAGUAUCCCGCUCUGCAGAACCUGCAGUGGGAUCAGAUCCCUGCUGCUGGUGAUGAGCCUGGGGACAUUGGUGGGCGGAGUAGCUUUGAUGCUAGCUCUGGGGGUGAGUUUGGAUUUGAUGAAGAUGAUUCGGGGAUGGGUGGUGGUUAUGGUAAUAACCACGGCAAUAUGUAUAGGGUUAACAACCCUGGACAGAUGCUUGGUGAACAGGGGUAUGAUCAGAAGUGGAGUGGAUGA